CCCUUUUAUCAUGAGUUCGAGCGCUAUCAUUAUCGACAAUGGUUCUGGAAUGUGUAAGGCGGGUUUCUCGGAAGAUGAGGCUCCGCGCGCAGUUUUUCCUUCGAUUAUUGGACGACCCAAGGUCCCGCUGUUUAUGAUUGGAAUGGAGAACAAGGACUGUUUUGUGGGAGAUGAGGCCCAGUCCAAGAGAGGCGUUCUCACGUUGAGAUAUCCCAUCGAGCACGGCAUUGUGACCGACUGGGAUGAUAUGGAGAAGAUUUGGCACCACACGUUUUUCAAUGAGUUGCGUGCCCAGCCUGAAGAGUUCCCUGUACUUUUAACCGAGGCGCCUCUGAACCCCAAAGCCAAUCGCGAGCGCAUGACCCAGAUUAUGUUCGAGACGUUCAAUAUUCCUGCGAUGUACAUCCAGAUCCAGGCCGUCCUUGCCAUGUACGCUGCGGGUCGUACCACGGGUAUGGUGCUGGACUCAGGUGAUGGUGUGUCGCACACUGUGCCGAUCUUCGAAGGCUAUUCGCUUCCUCACGCGAUUCUGCGAAUGGACCUGGCUGGCCGUGAUCUGACCGAGUAUCUGCAGACCAUCUUAACGGAGCGUGGCUACACGUUCACUUCCACUGCGGAGCGCGAAAUCGUGCGAGACAUCAAGGAGAAGCUGUGCUACGUGGCCUACGACUUCGAUAAGGAGAUGAAGCUGGCUGCGGAGGGUCCCACGCUGGAGCGCAAUUACGAGAUGCCGGACGGCAACAUCAUCACCAUUGCGAACGAGCGAUUCCGCGUGCCGGAAGUGCUGUUCAACCCCGCUUUGGCAGGCCGCGAGAUGCGAUUCGGAGGCAUCCACGAUACCGCCCACGCCACCAUUCAGAAAUGCGACGUGGAUUUGCGUCGCGCCAUGUACGAAAACGUCAUUCUCUCCGGAGGUACCACGAUGUAUCCCGGAAUUGGAGAGCGUUUGCAGAAGGAGCUGAUCAAACUGGUGCCUUCUGACGUGAAGGUGAAAGUGUUUGCCUCGCCGGAGCGGAAGUAUAUGGUGUGGAUUGGAGGCGCGUUGCUGACCACACUUUCUUCCUUCCAUGAGAUGUGGGUGUCCAAAGCGGAGUACGAGGAGAGCGGCGUGUCGAUUGUUCAUCAGAAGUGUGUUUGGAGUGUUUGUUGA